UGUGGCUGAGUGAAAGCUGGAGAGCGAAGGAGCAUAGCGUUUGGUCUCGGUUGAAAGCAGAAUAUAUUAUUACGAGACAAUUCCUAAUUUAAUAAAGUGUUAGCAGUGUCAGGUAGUCUGUUAAGGUUACCGUGUGGGAUUAAAAUGUGUGUCGCUCUCCUCGGUGUCCGAGACAACGGUGGGAGCCGAAAAAUCCCCCAAGUAACGUUAAGACUCAACGGUUUCUUCUGUUAAGGAUUUCAGGACGGCUACGGUAUCAAGUACAACUCCGGCAGAAAAGUGAAGGUGUUGACGAUUUGGUGUGAGCAGUAAUAGCUAACCAGCCGGGGGUCACCGUUGUCAUCAUCGUCAUGGCAAAUAAGAAGAAUCUCGUUAACAUGGUGGUGUCCUGUGAAUGGGCUAUGUGCACCUUCAAAGGCAAGACUAUGGAGGAACUGAGCGACCACAUGUCAGCGCACUUAAUGGACCACUUGGGAGACCGAGACGCCAUGGAGGAACUCGAUGACUACGCCUGUCUCUGGGAGGGAUGUGAGUAUCUGGCCAUGGGCAGCCCCUGGGAGCUGGAGGUCCAUGCCCAUUUCCAUACUUAUCAUGGCAAGCUCAAGUUCAUUGGGACACAGCUGCUGAAGGCCCACCCUGAGCUUCCUAGCUGCAACCAGGACCCGCACUGCAACAACCUGGUUUCCGAAGGCUCAGACAGGCUUGUUUGCCAGUGGGAGCACUGUGAUUGUACAUUUAACAAUCCAGAGUGGUUCUACCGGCAUGUGGAUAAUCACGUUCAGUGCAUCGACCAGCAGCCACUCUCACAUAUGCAGCAGGCUCUCUUCUGCCACUGGAGAGGCUGUGAUGCCUUCUUCAAGAUCAAGUAUCGUCUGAGAGAGCACCUGCGGAGUCACACUCAGGAGAGAGUUGUCGCUUGUCCUACCUGUGGCUGCAUGUUCUCCAGCAACACAAAGUUUUUUGACCACCUCCACAGGCAAGCUCAGCCAGAAGAGUCCCUGGUAUGUGAGCACUGUGGCAAAGGCUUUGCCAAUGAGAGGCUUUUGAGGGAUCAUGUGCGACAGCAUGUGAAUCAUGUCAAGUGUCCCUUGUGUGACAUGACCUGCACCACUUUGGCAACUCUGAAGAUUCAUAUCAAGUUCCGUCACUGUGACGAGCGGCCUUUUCCAUGUGACUUCUGUGAGAGCAGCUUCAAGAACCAGAACGAUCUACGGAAACACAUGGAGACCCAUAAUGAGGGUGCUGCCUACCACUGCACGGUGGAGGGCUGUGAUUAUUCUUCUCGUAUGGCCCACACCAUGAGCCAGCACUACAAGAGAGUGCAUGAGGGUGGUAUGGUCUCAAGAUACAAAUGCCAUAUUUGUGAUAGGACCUACUCCUGGUGUUAUACUCUCACCCUGCACUUGCGUAAGAAGCACCAGCUGAAAUGGCCUUCUGGGCACUCCCGCUUUAGAUACAAGGAGGAUGAAGACGGCUACCUGAAAUUAAACAUGGUGCGCUAUGAAACAGUGGAGGUGACCCAGGAGAUAAUGAAGGACAUGGAAACGGGGCGCCAGGUCAUUCGGAAAGGCCCGAGCACCAGUAGCAGAGCCAAGAAGGCUGAUGUCAGACCAGAGAGUAACCGCAACUCUCCCGCAAGCUCCUCCUCCCCCUCAUCCUGCUCUUCCUCCUCCUCCUCCUCCACAGAGCUAUCAGGAGGCGAGGACAUUUCAUCUCAGCCCAGCCCCCGGGAUAGUGACUCUCCAGUUUACUGUGUCAUGAGCAGCAUCCCUCAAAUAGAUGGCGAGCCUGAAGAAUUACCCCCGGAGGAGGCUGACUGUAGUGGGACAUGUGGAGCAGUCAAGGCGCUGACGGAGGUCGCCAGGGGCCUGGGCAUGGAUGUGGUGUGAAUCCUCCACCCUCCAUUACAACAUUCAUCCUCAUGGGUUAAAUCUCACAUAUCGUCUGUCCUAGUUAGCAUGCAGCCACAGGACUGGUGUUCAGUGUAUUGUUCAGUGGAAAUUUGAACUUUUCCUUCAUGGCCUCCUGUGUUUUUUGGGGGUACACUAUGUUCUGAUGAAAAUAUCCCAGUCAACACAACUAUUGUUGAUUAAACUGUUGAUUGUGUAGCUGUUUUGGAGACCACAAUAGCACUACAGCAGCUCUCAGUACCUGUAGUGCGGCAGCUGAGCUUCGUGAUGACUGGUGUUUGCUUGAGAUUGCCUCAUAUGGAGUACAGUGUUUCUGUGAGAUAUGAUGCCUUUCAAAAGUAUUCAGAUCCUUGAUGUUUUGCACAUUUUGGUAUGUUCGAAAGUUGUUUCAAACUGCAUCUAGUUAGGAUUUUAGGUCUACACAGAGCACUAAGUUCCAUCAAUGAGAAAACAAAACAUAAAACACACAAGUGAAUGUUAUUUCCCCUUUUUUAUUAAAGUAGCAUAAAUUAAAUUUGCAUAGGUAUCCAACACUUGCUUUGUUUGGUCUAAACUGCCACACUAGAAACAGUUUGUUCAUCAUUUCAUCUGUUACUCAGAUGUCAGAUUUAGAUUGUGUUUAGAUAGUGUAGACAGUGAUUCUGAACAGUGUUUCCUUCUAAGCAUUUCUGCUUGUCCUGCUCUAUCAGUGAGAAAACAAAACAUAAGAAUACCAAGUCGAGUUCCUUUCACUGGAUCAGGAGGGACUCUGAAAAAUUUAAGGGUGCAGGGUGGACUCUACUUCAGCACAGUUGUGAUGUGUGUUCCAUUUAUGAAUUAGCAUUUGAGUACAGUUCUAGAGAUUUAAAAGAAAAUAUAAAUCCUCCUUUUCCAGUAACUGCAGUCGAAAAUACAGGACGUGGGUCUUUCUGUGCGUUUCUCCAGUCCAUGUUUUUUUUACAGUGGAAGUCACUGGAGAUGUUAAACAGAAAAAAGCUGACAGACAUGACAAAUAAUGUAUUUUCUCAGAGUGAUGGAAAGAUGCACUCAAAUAUCCAUAAACAAACCAUAUAGACCUUACUGCAUUUAAAUAUUCAGAUGGGGAGUUCACCUCGCACCUUAAGAUCCCAUUCAGUCCCAGCUUUGUCAGCAUGCAUUUCUUUCUUUUCUUUUCUUUCUUUUUUUUUUUUUACUGCUAAAGCAGAGUCCUUUGCAUAUAACCGAAUGUAAAUCUCAAGUAAAUGUGUUUUGAAAUAACAACAAAAUGUCCCAAACCUCAAAGGGUCUAAAUACUUUUGCGAAGCACUGUGGUCAGUAACGCUAAUCAUAAAUGUGAUGAUAAAAGUGGCACUAAUAGAGUUCUUCUGUGAAGUAUUCUUCCUUACGCUUUAUGCUCUGUGUUCCUGUUUUGUGUGAAAUACCAUUAUGAUUCUGAGGCAGUCAAAUGGCAUUAUGUGUAUCAUAGUUUUGAAACAGAACUCCAUCUACAAAGCAGCAAGUUUUCAGUGAACAAGUCAGUCCAUCUACAGUAUUAGAGGAAUACUUUUCUUCCUCUUAUUUUUAGAUUACCAUAACCACCAGGUAUCAUAAUGGCAUUCAGUAGUGUUCACAUUUCAGAUUUGCGUUGAUCUGCAAACUUACAUUUUUGAAGAAUUUUACAUAUCACUUGUCCAAUUCCCGUUCCAUGCAUUUUUUUUUUUUUUUUUUGUAUAU